UAGGAAACACUGCUGGAUAAAAUGAGAAUAUUCUGAGUGGGAUUUACUGGCAGUAUACCCCGCGUCAGCGUCCCCCACAACUGGAGAAUAAUUAUGAUCACUGCUAACGAGAACAUGCUGCGGCCAAACUCUGAGAAGGUCCAACUGCAGGAUAUUAAGGAGCGAUUUCAGAACUACAUUCGGAAUGUUAAAUUAAUGCGAAGUCAGCUGAAGGCGACUGAGAGUAUAACAGCCCCCAAACGUCCUGAGGAUGAGGUGACGUUUAUACGUGGUCUGUACGAGGAGGAGAUCCGAAAUCUCCAGGAAAAACUGGAUAAAAAUUACCAAACCCAAGACGGACUCAUCGGUCAACAGAAUAGCUUGAUAGGCGCAGAAUAUCAGCACAGACUGUGGGAGUUAAACAGACAGCUCCUAAAGAAGGAUGAUGAGAUCGGUGCCUUACAGCUGCUGGUCGCCCAGAAGGAAGCUGAUAUCCAGACGUUAAGGGGGGCAGCGAUAUCGCCGGCCAUCAAACUGGAUCUUGCCAAACAGGAGCUCGGAGAGCUGCAAAGAAACAUUCACAUGUCUCAAACAAAAUAUGAAGAAGAAUUUUUCCAGCGUUUAAAGCUCCAGGACGAGAUAAUGUCGCUUAAUCAACACAUCGAGAGUCUGACCCAGAGCCAUUCCAAGGUUACACAAGAAUUGAGAGCCCGCGUCUCCCAAUCAGAAUCCCUUGUGCUACAGUUAGAGGAAAAAUUGCGAAGUGCAAGCCGUAGCAGUCCGACUCUAACAGAAACGGUUCAGAAGAUUCAGGAGGCCAGCGAGGCGGAGAUGAAAAGGAUGCAAAAUCAAACAGAAAACGUAUACAAUCAGAGUCUUCUGGAAUUCGAAAUGCGAAUGAACAGUGACCGACUUCAGCUGAAACGAGCGCAGGAGGAAAACCAGCGUCUGCAGCUGCGUGUGGACGAAUUAAGCAGUGAGGUCUCGGUGUUACAGAAGAAGCUCCUCUCAGAAGAAGCGGAAAACAGGAGCUCCAUUGAGAAGCUGGACGGGGAGCGUGUUCACGAACUUCGGCACAUUCGGGCCCUGGAGGUCAGGCUGGAGGAAGUCCAAGACCUCCUGCUGGUAAAAAUGAAAGAGUUAGAUAACAUUCAGAAGGCGAACGUGGGUCUGAGAUCCGAGUUGGAUGUCUUGAAAUCAUUAUUGGAAGAAGAAGAGGAACAGAUGAGUAAUACCCGGAUGCAGAGCCCCCUGAUCCCACACCCAUCGCACCCUCUGAUUAAUUCCUUCCCCUCGUCAAUGUAUAGCGCAGCCUCUGAAUUUGCUAAAUCCUGUCUGCUUGAUUCGUCGGAGACCUUAACUUCAUUAAACUCAGGAGACUCUUCCGAAACCGUCAAAUCCUCUACAUCAGCCGCAGAAGAUAAACACGUUGAGCACAGAGAGUCACUCCAGAGAGUCACUCCAUUACUCAAUGGCCACUCUCUGGGGGAAGGCGAGGAACGAGAAUCAAUAUCCUCCAUGAGGAAGACUUUAAGUUCAAAGAAUAAAAACUCACACCAUGCUGAUACCAACCACAAAUCCGCCACAGCAAGCUCUCUUGGGAACCUGAAGAUUGUAGAAGUAAAUGGCAAUUUUGUACGAAUCAUUAACGCUUCUCCUGAAGAAGAGGAGGACAUUGGGGGUUACAUCCUCCAGCAGAACGUCUGUGGGCAUCCAGUAUCUGUCUACCGAUUCCCACCCAAGAUCCGCAUCACGGCAGCCUGUGCGGUGACGGUGUGGGCAGCCACAGCAAACGUUCCUCACAAUCCACCAUCUGACUUCCUGUGGAAGGAGCUGAAAACGUUCAUCACCGAACGACGUUGUACCACCAUACUGAGCAACGCCAAUGGCCAUUCUGUGGCGUGGUACACUCCCGUGCGGCCCAAAAACUGCAAAUCUAUAGAGCGGCAUGAAGUGUCUGAAGAACGACCUAAAACCUCUCCACAAAUGUCGAAACCGAGGACGCAGGAAUGGAAUCUGGACGCAGACAUUGGAUCGGUCAUACAUUCAAUGUAUCCUGAGCAGGAAAAGGUGGUAGUGUUAUUGCGACGAGAGAAAAUUCCUCCUCACACCUUACAGCCGCCAUCUAGCCCAUGGACUCACAGCGUGGCUUCACCCACUCACCCCGACUUCUCACCCAGCCGCCUCCUGGCUCUGGGGAAUGAUGGUCGCAGUUCAUGUCGCCAGUCACGGUCACAGACAGCUAAAACGGAAGCUGCGUCAGCAUUCAGCGGUACCAAGAGCCCCAACUCUGGACAUGGGAACAGGAUCUGCCGGGGCCCGACCCGAUCAGCGGGGCCAAAUUCGCGAGGCGUCCUCUACCUGGGUUCUUCAGCUCCAGCAGGCUCCAUACUACACAAGUACUUUGCCAACUCUUCAUAUGAUAUCAGACUGGCGAGCCACGGCUCUUUAACUCCCAGUAUAUUAUCCACCGUCUAGCUCUCCCUGCCCGUGGAAUGAAUACAGUGUAUCCGUUGAGCGUUAAUUUAAUCUAUGAGAGAUCUAUCUCCAACUUAUGUGCUUCUGCCCUGUAUCCAGUCACCUGGUCUAUAGAAGAUUGACUCCAUCAAAACCUCAGCAUGUACACCCUUCUACUUUGCCGUUUCGACCUGAUACAUUAUUACAUAUGUGUUGAUGUACACAAAUUUGGGCAUAAUUUGAAAAUAUUAAACUGGGUUUUCCGACUCCUCACUUCUAUUCUGAGCAACUCUACUCAAAUGCCUUCUACAGUUUUGCAACUGUUAAAGGAAAAUUCCAUUAAAAAAAAUAUUUUUUAAGUAGAUCUACCCCCAAUGAAAAUCUGCAUAUGAUAUGUUUUAUGCAUGUUAUAUGUAAUAUGCAUAUUUUCUAUGGAGGUAAAUGAAAUCUUGGCUUGCAAUUGAGGCACUUCUCUGAUCUGCUGCCUUUGCAAGCCCUCCCCUUCUAACCCCGCCCAGACUUUCUGUGGCUGUUCAAUCACAGACUUCCCAAAGCAGCUCAAUGAGAAGUCUUUGCAAGGCAGGUGCUCUGGGGUUAGCUCCACUGAACUAACCAAACCAGGAAGUAACAGGACCUGUUGUCUGAUUGAAAGCCAGAGGGGUGUAACAGGGUUAAUUUAUAAAAGUGACAAUUUGUAUUGAAAUCUGUACUUUUUGUAAAAUGAAAAUAAGAAGAUGCUCUGUUCACACAGCAAGCUGAAGUGCUUUA